UCACCGGAAGUGAUUAGUGAUCUGAAUAAGGACAGAAUCAAAGGGGACAUGGCGAAUCUCCGGCGGUUUUUAUGACCGGAAUGUCAGUUUUCGACGAUCAUCAAGUGAAUGAUUCAUUAUAAGGUAUAAACAUGAGCAAGAUUCAGAAUGGAAAAAAUCGAAAUCCUGAGAAACCUAUUCCAGGAUGUUUGGGAAGAAUGGUGAAUCUGUUUGAUAUGAAUACUGUCGUGGGAGGGAACCGGCUUCUUACAGACAAGCCACAUCAUGAUGGUUCUUCGUUCUCUAGGAGGCAAUCAGACUUGUCAACGACAAGUCUAGUUGAUGAUCAGACGGAUGAUAAAGCGAUGGUAUCCGAGAUAAGAAAAUCUCCAUCAAACAGGAAAUUAAAUGGAACACCUAUAAAGACGCUUAUUGCACAAGAAAUGUCGAAGGAAGACGACUGUAAGCAAAGCCCGUCCAAUUUGGUUGCCAAGCUAAUGGGGCUCGAUGCUCUCCCGAACCAUAUGAGAGAAUCGAGGAGCCAGUCGGGAUCCUCGGAGCUUUUGCAGCGAGACCAUGGGUUAAUGGAUAAUCAGUUGAAACGCGUGAUAACUGAAUAUCCGGAACAGAGAGAAUACAAAGAUGUGUUCGAAAUAUGGCAGCGAGAUCAUGAACCGGAAUGUGCGAGAGAUGAUUCAUCGCGAAAGGGAAGGUGUAAAGAGAGUAAGAUGGAUCUUGUCCGGGAGAAGUUCAUGGAAGCGAAACGUCUAUCUACUGACGAAAAACUUCGCCAGUCGAAGCAGUUUCAAGAUGCAUUGGAAGUUUUAAGCUCGAAUAAAGAUUUGUUUCUCGAGUUUUUACAAGAACCCAAUUCGUUGUUUUCACGUCAUCUAUACAGUUUGCAGUCCGUUCCUCCGCCUCCGGACUCUAGACGCAUCACCGUUCUUAAGCCUUCGAAGUUGGUCGAUAGUCAUAAGAUUAUCGGUUCAGGAAAGAAGAACGAAAAGCAGGUGAAGGAACGGGGGCAAAUGGGGUGCCCGAAGCCGGCAUGGGAUAAGAACAGUUCUGAUUUUUUAUUUUCUCCUGAAUGUUGCAAAACCGACGAUAACCCGACCCAACCAACUCGCAUUGUGGUACUGAAACCGAGCUCCGUGAAACCUCAUAACAUCAAAGUUGUUGCUUCACCGCCUUCUGCAUCAUUAGGAACAUCACACGAUGAUAUAUUUGACGGGGAUCGAGAAGACAGUGAGGCCUUGGAAUCACGAGAAAUGGCGGAAAGUGGGCUUAGAAGAAACGAGACCCUUCUUUCGUCGGUUUUUUCGAAUGGUUAUAUCGGUGACGAUAGUUCGUUCGGUAAAUCCGAAAUUGAUUAUGUAGCAGGGAACCUUAGUGAUUCAGAAGCCAUAUCGCCAACUUCUAGACACUCAUGGGACUAUAUUAAUCGGUUUAGCCCGUAUUCUACCUCUUCCAGCCGUGCAUCUUAUUCUCCAGAGUCAUCUGUUUGCAGGGAAGCUAAGAAACGCCUCUCGGAAAGAUGGGCAAUGAUGGUGUCAAAUAAGAACGUUCAAGAACAACGACAAAUACAAAGAAGCUCAAGUACGUUGGGCGAUAUGCUCGCUCUUUCUGAUUUAAAAAAAUCAGUGAACUCCGAGGAAAUCUGUAAAAGUAAAGAAGAUGCUGAUAAUGGUCCUAGAAAUCUUCCGAGAUCAAAAUCCGUUCCCGCAUCUAGUUCUGGACUCGGUGUAGAAGUUCCGGGUUUGUUGAAAGGCAAAACAGAUGAUACCGAGGAUUUGGUGAAGGAAAAGCUUGUGAAAUCGUCAUCGUUCAAGGGGAGGGUUUCGAGUUUAUUUUUCUCUAAGAAUAAGAAAUCUAGCAAAGAGAAGUUUCACGAGCCAAAGGCUGUACCUCAAUCGGCUAGAUUUCCCGUACAUUCCCGAAGAAGUGGUGGUAAUGAAGGCUCGGAAUGCAUUAAUGGCGUGAUCGUUGAAGAAGAAUCAUGUACGCAACUACGUAGAUCAUUGGGGAAAGCAUCUGGCCAAGGUUUGACCGAUGCAGGACUAAAACAAGGCAUAAUUCUACCCGAGGCGGGAUUUUCUUUCACGAAGACGGAAAUUUCUGGAAACCACAGUGAGAACCAAGACCAACCAAGCCCUAUUUCGGUGUUGGAACCACAGUUUGAGGAGGAUGACCGUUCAACAAACUGUCAUCGUGAUCCCAAGCCGAAUGCACAUGGAAUCGAGCCUAUGAGAUACAACUUGAUUGAUAAAUCUCCGCCCAUUGGAUCCAUAGCCCGGACUCUAUCCUGGGAUGAUUCUACUCUGGGUUCAUCCACACCUUAUGCAGGUAGACCCUCAUCCGCACCCCUCGGUCCAGAGGAAGAAGAGCGGGAAUGUCUUUUCUACGUUCAAAGCUUGCUAUCUGUAGCCGGUCUCAACGACAACGUACGGUCAAACUCAUUUUUAGCCAGGUGGCAUUCACCCGAAAGCCCUCUAGACCCAUCCUUAAGGGACAAAUACAUGAACCUAGUAAGCGAAAAGGAUCCAAUCCUGAUCCAAACCAAACGCAGGCAUCACACCGCGAUAACAAAACUCGUGUUUGACUUGGUCAACGAGUCGUUAAGAAACAUCGCAGGGCGUGGGCCCUGCAGCGGGGCCCACAGCAUCCUGGAAGACAUGGCAUUGGUUAAGGACCGCGUGUGGGCCCAGAUGAAGGAGUGGAUGUCGGUGGAGGAACGGUGGGAUUGGGAGGAGGGGGGUGAUGAUGAUACAAGAAAGGAAAUAGAAGGGAAGUUGCUGGAGAUGCUGGUGGAAGAAUGUGUGUUGGAGUUGACAGGUAGAGCUUGAUGAGGUUUUGUUUUAUUUUUAUUUUUAUUUUUAUUUUUGGCUAAAUUAUUAUAGCACAAUUAUUUUGUUUACCAUUAAAUAUGUUAGUAUUAUAAUGGCUUGCAAGUUUCC